UCCUAGGCAACGUGGCAGAGCAAGACCCUGUCUCAAAAAGAAAAUAAUAAAAUUUUAGAUCACAGAAACCUUAAUGAAAUUACCAUAUUCGAAGUGGUAGCAACCAUUAUUGCAUACUUUUCCAGUUACUUGAGAACCUUCUGUGUUUGGUUGCUGGGAUGUUGCCAUGGUCACAUUCCAUGUUGGGAUUGGAGUAGUGAACUGUGGAAACAGUGAUAGCUCAGGAUGCCCAGGCUUGAAGCUAGGCUAUCUGGAAAUUCUGGAGUGUGCUAAAGCCACACUGGACAUGGACCAGACGGCUCUGAAGAAACUGGUAGAAUCCAUCAGUGAAACUGUCAAGAGCUCCAAAAAAAGUGAGCUAGAGCGUCUCAGAAGACUUUUCCACAGCUUGGUGGGAAGAGCUGAUGGAAGAUUUAAUAACACUGGGCUAGAUCGUAACACAUUUCGAGGGGUCCUGCACAACGUAUUAGGAAUGACUGAUGACAUGUUGGCGAAUAGGGGUAAGAAGUCAUAAGACACUAAAAAGAGCCAAUCUGAAAUAGCAAACUACUCAGAUCCCGAGUAGCUGGGACUACAGGCAUGCACCACCACCCCCAGCUAACUUUUGUAUUUUUAGUAGA